AUGGACUGGAAGAAGGAUGCUGAGAGUGAAGGGCAUCAAGGAUGUCUGGGGACUCUUUUUCCAGAGAACAAUUAUGAGUGUAAUCAAUAUAGGGAUGUCUUUGGUCAAAGCGCCAACCUUAUGACACAUAAGAGUAUACAUUUGGGAGAGAAUCCUUCCAAAUAUGAUGAAUGUUGGAAAACACUUAACCAGUCAUUUAAUGUUGGUGAUCAAAAGAGAAUUCAUGUGGGAAAAAAUCCAUACACGUGCACUGAACCUGGGAACAUGCUUAGUCCGUCAUCAAGACUACAUAUAAACAAGGCAAUCCAUAUUGGGCAAAAAGGUUACAUUUCCACGGAGUGUGGCAAUGCUUUCAAUGGGGAUUCAGCACUAAUUCAACAUCAGAAAGUGCACACUGGAGAGAACCCUUACAAGUGUGUAGAAGGUGGUAAAACCUUUAAAUAUGGCUCAUCAGUAAAUGGAGAGAGACAAAUUCAUACUGGAGAGAAACCAUACCAAUGUAAUGAAUGUGGCAAGGCUUUUAGCACGCCCUCAGAGCUUACUAGACAUGACAGAAUCCAUACUGGAGAGAAACCUUACCAAUGUCAAGAAUGUGGCAAGGCCUUUAUACGCCUCUCAGGCCUUACCAUCCAUCACAGAAUCCAUACUGGAGAGAAACCUUACCAAUGUCAAGAAUGUGGCAAGGCCUUUACACGCCUCUCGGGCCUUACCAUCCAUCACAGAAUCCAUACUGGUGAGAAACCUUACCAAUGUGAAGAAUGUGGGAAGGCCUUUACAAACAUCUCAGGCCUUAUCGUCCAUCACAGAAUUCAUACUGGAGAGAAACCUUACCAAUGUAAAGAAUGUGGGAAGGCCUUUACCAAGUCCUCAGACCUUACCAUCCAUCACCGAAUCCAUACUGGAGAGAAACCUUACCAAUGUCAAGAAUGUGGCAAGGCCUUUACCCAGUCCUCAGGCCUUACAGUCCAUCACAGAAUCCAUACUGGAGAGAAAUGUUACCAAUGUAAUGAAUGUGGCAAGGCCUUUACCCAGUCCUCAGGCCUUACCAUCCAUUAUCGACUCCAUACUGGAGAGAAACCUUAUCAAUGUAAUGAAUGUGGCAAGGCCUUUACCCGGCUCUCAGGCCUUACCAACCAUCACGGAAUCCAUACAGGAAAAAAACCUUACCAAUGUAAAGAAUGUUCAAAGGUCUUUUCCAAGCGCUCACACCUUACUAGACAUCACAAAAUCCAUACUAGAGAGAAUCCCUAGCAAUGUAAAGAAUGUGGCAAGGCCUUUAGCUGUUCCUCAUACCUUAGUCAACAUCACCAAAUCCAUACUGCGGAGAAACCUUACCAAUGUGAACAAUAUGGCAAAGCCUUUCAGCAGUCCUCAUGCCUAAACCGACAUCACAGAAUUCAUACUAGAUUGACACUUUGCUAA